UUCCCCAUUUAAUGCACGACGUUCCAGUUCACAAAGUAGAAAUCUUGAGGUACUUUCGAAGAUUUACCGUGAAUGACGGAAAAUGUACAAGAACCGUUCAAGAGGUUUGAAGCGGACAGCUUCAGCCCUACCUGCUGGAGCAUCUUCUGUUUCAAAUUUGGGCGAAGAACGGCAAGAACCGGACCCCGAGACGACUAACCAACAACAAAGGGAACCGCUGAAGGAACGAAGUCAGAAAAAUAUUAGGUCUGAAUCGGACGAAAUCGAAAAUGAUAGGCCCCCUGCUAAGAAGCCCAACAACCGAAAUACCGACGAAGAGAGCACUACAGCCAAGGUUGAGUCGAAGAUCCCUAAAUCACAACCCAAGACUCAGCCUAAACCCAAAGCAGCUCCGAUUACUUCUGCCAAAGUGAAACCGGGCGGAAGUAGGCAAUCUCGAGAACGGAACAAAUCAAGCAUUUUAAACAAUCAUGUUGACAUUGAUGUUAAUACCAUGUACAUGUCAUUUCCUAGCAAAUUUGAAGAACUGGUUACUAAAAGUGGAUUUAAACUACAGGAUGGCGACGAACCUUUUCUGUUGAGGAAGGAUCAAGCUGUAUUUGUGCGCAACCUUACCAUAUUAUUGUCAAAGAAAGAAGAUUAUCCUGAGGAGUUUUUGGAAGGACUUGAAAAAUAUGUUCAAAACAAUGACAAUUUUAGAAAAAUGCUUCUUGACACACAGACUGACCCAGAAUUUGAGGAUGCCCGUAGCUCUCAGCAGGAUAGUCUUGUCCGAAUGCUGCUCUUUGUUGACUCCAUACAACCAAAGGUCAUUGUUAUGCUUCUUGAAAAAUUGGUGGCUCUUAUUCAGAGAAGUGAAAAGGAAGUAGGUGAUGACAACUUUCCAUGGGUUGAGAUGAUAGUGAAGCGAUUUUGUUUUCUUGAUCACAUUGUUGAUGGAACAGCUCUAUUUAAUGACUUAUUCCGUCUUUUACAAAUGGCACCUUUAUCUGUUCAACAAGAAAUAAUUUAUAAUCUGCCAUAUAUAAUGCAUGCUGACGCUCAUCAUGACGAAGUUGCUGAAAGACUAUUAAAUCUUAUGAAUUCCAAGAAAGAUCUCACGCGAGCAGUACUUCAAGCCUUAGGCAGCCUGCCUUUGUCACCCACACAAAGUGAGGAAAUUAGGAAUCAAAUGCUGGUGUCCCUUCAGAGUGCUCCAAUUGAAUUUAUUCCUGACAUUGUGAAGUUUGUAUUUGACGAGCAUUCUACCGACCACGAUCAGAUAAUCAAUGGUCUCAGAAACAGCCUUCCAUUUACUAGGCUUCGAGAAAAACUUCUUGCUCAGAAGGCUACUCAGCAAACUACAUUUGCAGCUGAAUUUGCUUCCACAAAAUCUCUUACUUUCCGGAAUUUGCGGGGAGCUUUCUUGUCUAUACCUUCUCUAGCAACAGCAUGGCGUAAAAAUAUCAAAAGCAUUCAGUCACCCAAUGACCAUCGUCCAAUAGACAUUAUGAUGCUUGUAUUGAUGCACUGUAAAGCUAGCAACCGCCGACAGCCUGUUGAAAUGCUUUGGCGCAACCGCAUUAAAACAAAAAUGUUCACUCAUUCUCUACUCGAAGAAACUUUUGAGGUUCUUCUAGUUGUUUUAAAAAAAUAUAAGGAUGAUGUGCUGAAUGUUGCGUCUAUUUUACUAAGAAAUUCUGACUCAUCCAUUCGUGAAUUUGGUUCUCUGAUGUUCAAACUAUCUUUUGUACAUUUUGAGUCACAUGUCCGCCGACAAGUAGUAUCUGAGCUUAUACAACUGGUUGGGUCUGGUGAAACAUGUACCCAAGUGGCACUUGACGUCAUGCUUGAGUUGGCUAAGGAUCACCUUGACAAACUGAGUAGACUCACAAUUCUACUUCAGAAUCUCCUGGAGAAUAUUGACAGACUUAGUCUUCAAGGAGUCAGGCAAAUGAUGGAUCUCUUGUGCAGAAUAGCAUACAACCCUGAUGUUGAGUCUGGUGCGAUGGGCACAAUAGGUGAUAACAUCUCAAUAAUUGUCCACAAACAAUUAGCAUCAUUUGAGCCACAACUCAAGAGGAAGGGUGUGGUCACAGCUGUGAUGAUGUUGAAAUACAUGGCUACGUCACUUGAUGAUGCAUCAAAUGUCAGUUUAGAGGGCAGUAGUUUAGACAGCUUACCCCCAGGAAGGACUAAAGAAGCUGGUCAACUGCUUGAUUUGAUGAUGAGAAGUACACGAUCAUCUCCAGAUGUACUUGGAUACUGUCUUGAUCAGUUAUCAUUUAUGGUAUACCGGUGUGACACAUUGGACCAACUAUUUCUUCAAUAUCUAGUUGAUAGAAUGGAAGAUAAAUUUAUGGCUAGUUACUUACCUGACAGUGACACUAGUAUCCCAUCGACCAGUAGAGGCAGCUCUCUAGAGAUACGUAUGAGCGAUCAGUAUGGCUUAGAUAAAGAUUCAGAAGAACCAAUUGCAUUAGGAAUAGGGAUCCUUGUUCUGAAGGAUGCUCGUAAUUCUAAAGAGGGAAGUGCCAGAGAGAUCCUUGAUACUUAUCCACUGUUAGUCUUAAAUGCUCUUUUCCGCCUAUUGAGAGUUUUGAAAUUUCGAGUGGGGGAUGAAAGUUUAGAGGGUAUUGACGCUCUCCUUGGAUGUGCUGUCAAUAUGCCCUCACAUGAAACCAUUGUUGAUUUCAACACACUCGGUCCAUCCCAGCAAGCAGAUGUUGUUGAUUGCCUGUUCUAUUGUGUAAACUGGUUCCGUGAAAUUGUAAAUGCAUUUUCCAACACCAAUAUUGAUGCUUACUUGGAGAAAGUUAUGAUUCGACUGAGAAAUUUGGUUUCUCUUCAGAGUACUUUGGCCAGAUUACUUGCCAAUACAAUGAAUUAUGUUCCUCCACAGUGUAUGUUCUAUGACAAGGUCAAGAAAAUUCAAUUUAAAGUCCCUUCAGACAAGCCCAAGAAGAAAGGCAAGGGCAAAGCUAAGAAGCCUACCAAAAAGAAAUUAAAUGAGUCAGCAGCUAUUGAUGAUACAUCUCAUAUUAAUGAAGAGUCAGAUGAAGAAGAAAAGGACAAAGAUGAAGAUAGCCUUGGCCCUGUAGAUAUUUCUCUUUAUCGUAAUUUUUUGCGUGAGCUUGAUUUAGAUGUAUUUGUUUUAAUGAAGCAAGAUUUAGUGAUGACACCACAACCAGAGCGGGGAGCUGAUAGCACUCCUGACUUAGGACCUGCAGAGUUACGUUUUUUAUUGGAGGACUACGUAGCCAAACUGGAACAUUCCUUUCCUGUUGGUGGGGUGAAUCGCUUCACUCUCAUGAAAUCCACAGGGGAUGUUAUGGGAAACUUUGCUAUAUGGGACCUCUUACCUAUGGAAGAAAAAGCUUCUAAUGCUAUUUCUUUGCUCCCUAUUUUGUGUGAGAAAAUGGAGCAAAUAGGAGAAAGCUGUAGAAAUCUGUUGGAUGCCAAUGAUGGCAUUUUAGAUGGCCCUGGAAUGUUUGUUGAAGGAACAGCAAAUGUGAAAAUUUGUUUUGCUCUUCUUUUGAGAGCCAUGACUUCAACCUUUGCCUGGAAUGGAUUUAAUCAUUCCCAAAACCAAGAACUGUUGUCAAAUGGUUUGAAAGUCUUAGCAACUCGAAUUGAUUCAUCAAAGAAGCGAUCAUCCAUAUUUGCAUUAAUAGGAGAGGCUUCCGAUUAUCUUAAACGUUUUCAUGAAUGGGUUCUUCAUUUAGAAGCUGGUGUUCAUCUUGUUAAGUUGCUUCAAAUUUUAAGUUCAUUGUGGGAUUUAAAUGUGUCAAAGAGUUCUGCUCGGCAGACCAGGGUUAAUCCUACCAGAGAAAUCUUGAAGGAUGUCUGCAAUGCUUUUCUCCGCCGUCCUUGGUCUUCUUUGGAUGGGGCCACUGAAAAGGGUAUGGCAUACACUAUGCAUGUGGAAACUUUAGCACGCAUCUAUUUUGACUGUGCUGAAGAUAAAUUAGACCUGUUGCAAGAAUUAGUCCCCAAACUGCACAAUGAGUCUAAAAAUCUAACCAGCAAGGAGUCAUCUUUUGAAACUUUCCCAUCAAUCAGCAAAUAUAACUUUUAUGUCUUGUGUAGAGUUAUAUAUUCAACUCUUGCUAAGGGUGUUCAAUCUGAGACAUUAAAACAAGAUUCAUCAGCAGAACAAAUUAAAGCUUGGACAGUAGUAUUUAAAGUUCUGGAGGGUAUGGUAGAAAUCACUCAAGACUUCACAGGAAGGCCCUAUUUGGCUGCUAUGUUAAAACAUGGUCAGAUUCUCCUCAAGCUCUUCUUGGAUAAGGGUAUGCCUAUUUUAGAUGGUUCCCUUCGCAAUAACACAGAGGAAGUUAUGGCAAUCUUGCGCAGUUCUCAAAUAGCAACAAGAUUCAUUAAUAAAAUCUGCCUUAGCUGCAAGACUAGUCAAGAUUCAGCAUUAACUGCCCACGUUCCUAAAAUUAGAGGAACAAUGGAAACAUUUUUGUACCGGGUUAAGGGUAUGUUAGCACUGAACAACAUUCAAUCAGCUUGGCAUAUGGGCAACUUGAAGAAUCGAGAUGUUCACAAUGUAGAGAUUUGCACACAGGAGAGUAAUGAAGAUGAUGAAGUGCCAGAGGAUGAAGAGGAGAAGGAUGAAGAUGUCACUGGUUUGGCUUCAGACAGUGAUGAGGAUGAUGACCGAAGAGUCAAGGGCAGGAAAAAGAAACACCAUCAAAAGAAGAAACGGUCCAGACGAUCGGGUUCUGGCUCUGAAAAUGAGGAUGAAAGUGAAAACAGUGAAGAUAAUGAUGAUGGUGACGAUGACGAUGACGAUGGAGAUAACACGUCUAUCAGCACUGCAUAUUAAUGUUAGUGUGGUUUCCUUUCUUAAUAUUUUUAUUGUUAUGCUUUCAUAUAGUUUUUCUCAUUUUGCUUAUUCUCGCUCUAAAAUGCUUAUGAUAUUUGUUUUAACCGCUUUGUUUUAAAGUAUACUUUUAAAACAUA